CGCAUGUCUAGUUCCGCCUUCGGCGUCCGUGCACUUCCGCCUUUUCCUUCUGUUUUCCUCAGGCCUCGCGUGGGAGGCGGUCCCGCGCCGCCGACUCCGGCCACUCUUCUGGGGCGAGUGCUACGCGACAAGCACCUUCAGAGUUGUCUACAUUUUUGCAAGAGCAGCCGAAAAUGAACAAAUCCCAGAUUGAACAGAAAUUCCAGGGAUCAGUGUCAUUUAAGGAUGUGACUGUAGGCUUCACCCAGGAAGAGUGGCAGCACCUGGACUCAACUCAGAGGUCCCUGUAUAGAGAUGUGAUGCUGGAGAACUACAGCAACCUUGUCUCAGUGGGGUAUUGUGUUACCAAACCAGAAGUGAUCUUCAGGCUCGAGCAAGGAGAGGAGCCAUGGAUAUCGGAGGAAGAAUUCCCAAGCCAGGUAUUCCCAGAAGUCUGGAAAUCUGAUCACCUGAAAGAAAGGAGCCAAGAAAACCAGUCUAAACGUGUGUGGGAAGUUGUAUUCAUCAAUAACAAAAAGCUGACUAAAGAACAAGGUAAUGUGAUAGGAAAACCAUUUAAGUUGGACACAAAUUCUUUUCCUUCCAGAAAAAUACUCUGUCAGUGUGACUCAUGUGGAGUGAGUUUCAACUGUAUUUCGGAAUUGGUUAUCAAUAAGAAAAACUGUUUAGGAAAAAAGACUGAUGAAUUUACUGCCUGUGGAAAAUUGCUACUCAAUAUUAAACAUGAGAAAACUCAUCCUAGAGAGAAAAGUGAAUUUUUUAAAAAUGGAAAGACUUUCAGUCACAAUGAGGACCCUGUUCAGCAUGAGAAGAUACAAACUUUAGAGCAAAAUUUUGAAUAUAACAUAUAUCGAGAAACCUUCCUUGGAAAGGCAGUAUACAAUACACAGAAGAGGGAGAUCACAGAAGGGAAUGACUGUGAAUAUAAUGAAUAUGAGCAAAUUUUCUGUGAUAACUCAUCCUUCUUCUUACAUCAGAUAACCCCCUCAAAGGAGAAUCACUAUAGAUUUAGUGAUUGUGGGAAAUCCUUGUGUGUGAAGUCUACCCUUUUGAAACAUCAUGGGGCCCAUAUAAAAUACUAUGAAUGUAAUGAAAGUGGGAAUAAUUUCAAGGGGAAGUUAUACCUCUCACAACUUCAGAAAACUCAUAAAGGAGAGAAACACUUUGAAUGUAAUGAAUGUGGGAAAGCUUUUUGGGAAAAGUCCCACCUCACUCGACAUCGGAGGAUACACACAGGAGAGAAGCGCUUUCAAUGUAAUGAAUGUGGAAAAACUUUCUGGGAGAAGUCAAACCUCACUAAACAUCAGAGAUCACACACAGGGGAGAAACCAUUUGAAUGCAAUGAGUGUGGGAAAGCCUUCAGCCACAAGUCAGCCCUCACAUUACACCAGAGAACACAUACAGGGGAGAAACCCUACCAAUGUAAUGCAUGUGGGAAAACUUUUUACCAGAAGUCAGACCUCACUAAACAUCAGAGAACACACACAGGGCUGAAACCCUAUGAAUGUUAUGAAUGUGGAAAAUCCUUCUGUAUGAAUUCACACCUUACAGUACAUCAGAGAACUCAUACAGGUGAGAAACCCUUUGAAUGUCCUGAAUGUGGGAAAUCUUUCUGUCAGAAGUCACAUCUUACACAACAUCAGAGAACUCAUGUAGGGGAUAAACCCUAUGAAUGUAAUGCAUGUGGGAAAACUUUCUACCAUAAGUCAGUACUCACCAGGCAUCAAAUAAUCCAUACAGGGUUAAAACCUUAUGAGUGUUAUGAAUGUGGGAAAACUUUCUGCUUGAAGUCUGAUCUCACAGUACAUCAGAGAACUCACACAGGGGAGAAACCCUUUGCAUGUCCUGAGUGUGGGAAAUUCUUCAGCCAUAAGUCAACCCUCUCUCAACAUUAUAGAACACAUACAGGGGAGAAACCCUAUGAAUGUCAUGAAUGUGGAAAAAUCUUCUAUAACAAAUCAUACCUAACUAAACAUAAUAGAACACAUACAGGGGAGAAACCCUAUGAAUGCAAUGAAUGUGGGAAAACCUUCUGCCAGAAGUCACAGCUCACUCAGCACCAGAGAAUUCACAUAGGGGAGAAACCCUAUGAAUGUAAUGAAUGUGGAAAGGCUUUCUGCCAUAAGUCAGCUCUAAUUGUACACCAGAGAACUCAUACAGAAGAAAAGCCCUAUAAAUGUAACGAAUGUGGAAAAUCUUUCUGUGUGAAGUCAGGACUUAUUUUACAUCAGAGAAAACACACAGGGGAGAAACCCUAUGAAUGUAAUGAAUGUGGGAAAUCCUUCAGUCACAAAUCAUCCCUCACAGUGCAUCACAGGGCUCACACAGGAGAGAAGUCUUGUCAAUGUAAUGAAUGUGGGAAAAUUUUUUACCGUAAAUCAGACCUUGCUAAACAUCAGAGAUCUCACACAGGGGAGAAGCCCUAUGAAUGUAAAAUGUGUGGAAAAACCUUCUCUCAGAAGUCAAACCUCAUUGUACAUCAGAGAACGCACACAGGAGAAAAUCUUGUGAUUGAAGUGAAUGUUAGAAAUGUUGAGCCACAAUUCAGCAUCCACUAUACUUCAGAGAAUUCACGCUGUGGAGAAAGCUCUGUUGACAUCCUGAAUGUUCAGUAACAUUCAUCCACAGACUGGCCUUAUUUUACUCCAAAGUAAUGAUAGGGAAAAAUCUGUGCAACAAAUAUAGAAAGUCUUGUUAAGAAUUAAAAUUUCAUUUGAUGUCACGUAGCUAAUACUGGUAUAAAAUCUUACAGAUUUUUUGAUUUUGUAAAAGUUUCUAGCAAAAAAUACCAACUAGUUUAUGUCAGAAUUUAUGUUGAGGAGAAAUCUGUGAAUUUGAGACAUAUAGCUUGAAAAUUUUGUUUAGAAGUAAUGUAACAUUAGAAGUUGUGCUUUGGUUUUGAUGCCUUGGUUGUCUUUAGGAAAUAUAACAAAUUAUAAUUUAUAGAUGUAUAUUGUGCAAUGUAAAGCUUUAAAAACUAAAAAAAUAGUAAAAUGAAAAAAUAGACUCACAAGAAAUUGCAACAAUAGUACAUAGAAUUCUCAUGUGCCCUUCACCAAGCUUCCUCUAAUAAUAAUAUUGUACAUAACCAUUUCUCAAGUAUAGGAAAUUGAUAGUACCCUACUACUAAGUCAGAUACAGACCUUAUUUAGAUUUCGUCUGUUUUUACAUACAUUCUGUGUGUUUAUGUGUGUAUUUCUAUGAAACUUUAUUGUUUGUAGGUUUUAGUAAUCAUGAACACAGGUUACAAAGUCAAAAAGGAAUCUGGAAUCUGUACGCGUGAAAGUUACAAAGGAAUCAGGGUUUCACCACAAGACGUUCUCUUGUGUUAGUAAUCAUACGCUUUCUGCCACCGUAAUCCUGGCAACCAUUUGAAUAUGAAGAUUUUUGAAAGAAGAGAUAAAUUUAAUGAUUAGGGCAACAACAUUAAAUGCAUAAGUGAAAUAUCCCUUACGUUUGCUGGACUUAUGUAUGUACAAAUGGUGUGGUAUGUAAACUGUAUGUGUUUCAUAUGCAUAAUGGAACUUGUUGUAAUUGUGAGUAGGAAAUAGAUGCUCCUAGUUGAGCAGUUGUUACAAUGUCAGGCACAUCUCCCAUGUUUGUAGGGCCUGGAGCAACAGUUUAACAGGAUGCCCAUGAAGCUCGUGUCUAACCAUUUAAAACUUAUAAAUCAAAAUAAUAAAAUGUUAAGUAAAAUGUAUUCUGUGCAUGGGAAUAUCUAGGCCCUAGUCCCAUUGCCCCCUUUCUCUUUUCACCCAUGUUUCAUCCCAAACCAUGAGCUGCCUUGAGUGAACAUAUGUGAAUACUGUAGCGCUCAGCCUAAAUUUUGUCCAAACCCUCUGAAAGCAAUUGCCCUCCAAGGCAGGGUCUGCAAAAGAAGUCUCAGUCACACUAGAUGACACUCAGGGCUGUAAAUUGGGCUGUAAACUCAGCGGUCCGAUGUACCCAGAGAGGUCCUCAAUGACUGCAUCCUCAAUGACUUUGACAACAUGAGAAGGUGGGUUGAGGCUGGAACAGAGCCAGAGUAGAGCUAGAGUGGGGCUUUUAUUGGCAGUGUAAAGGUAGUAUACUAAAUCACAUGAGCAGAUUAUAUAAAUAAUUAGGUUACACAAAUAAUCUAAGAUUACACAAUCUAAUGAUCUUAGAUUAGACAAAUAGUCUAAGCUUCCAUCUUAGGAAACUAGAAAAAGAGCAAAGUAAAUCCAAAGUAAGCAAAACAAAAAUAAUAGUAAGAAUUGGAGUGACAAAAAUAAGAAGAAGAAUUGGAGUGGAAAUCAAUGAAGUUGAAAACAGGAAACCAAUAGAGAAAGUCAGUAAAACCAAAUGCUGGUUCUUUGAAGAGGUCAGUAAAAUUAAUGAACUUAUGGACAGGUUAACUAAGAAAAAGAGAAGACUGCUAAUUGCUAAUAUGAGAAAUGGAAGAGAGCCAUAACUACUGAUCUCAUGGACAUCAGAAAAAUUAUAAAGGAAUAUUGUGGACAACUUUAUACCCACAAAUUUGAUAACGUGGAUAAAAUGAACCAGUUCCCUGAAACACACAAUCUGCCAAAGCCCAUGGAAGGAUAAAUCUGAAUAGGCAUAUAUCUAUUAAAGAAAUUGAAUCAAUACUUAAUUUUCCAAAUCAGAAUAUACCAGGCCAGAUGUGUUCACUGGUGAAUUCUACCAAACAUUUAGGGAAAGAAAUGAUACCAUUCUCUACAAUCUCCAAGAAAGUACAAGCAGAGGGAAUACUUCCUAACUCAUUCUGUGAGGCCAACAUUACCCUAGUAGCAAAAGGAGGCAAAGACAUUACAAGGAAGGAAAACUACAGACCCCUGUCUCUCAUGAACAUAGAUGUAGAAAUCCUCAACAAAAUCUUAGCAAAUUGAAGUCUACAGUAUAUCAAAAGAAUUAGACGCUGUGACCAGGUGGGAUUUAUUCUAGAUAUACAAGGCUGAUUCAACAUCUAAUAACCAGUUAAUGUAACCUAUCACAUCAACAGGCUAAAGAGGAAAUAUCAUGAUCAUAUCAAUAAAUGCAGAAAAACAUUUCACAAUAUCUUAACGCCCAUUUGUGAUAAAAAAAAAGAAGUUUCAGCAAACUAGGAAUACAGGGAACUUCAUUAACUUGGUAAGGAAUAUCUACAAAAAAACAUACAGCUAAGCAUCAUACUUAAUGAUGAGAAACUAAAUGCUUUCCCAGUAAGAUAAGAAGGUCCUCUUUCACCACUUCUUUUCAACAUCCUUCUGGAAGUCCUAGCUAAUGCAGUAAGCCAAGUAAAGGAAAUAAAAAGUACACAGAUUUGGAAGGAAGAGAGAAAACUAUGUUCACAGAUAACAUGAUUGUCUAUGUAGGAAAUUCCAAAGAAUCAACAAAAAAACCCUCCUGGCACUAAUAAGCAAUUAUAGCAAGGUCACAGGAUACGAUGCUUCGCAGGUGAUAAAAACAAUUGAGCUGGGCCGGCCCGGUGGUGCAGCGGUUGGGUGUGCAUGUUCCACUUCAGCGGCCUGGGGUUCACUGGUUCGGAUCCUGGGGGCAGACAGGGCACCGGGUGGCAAACCAUGCUGUGGUAGGCA